AUGGCGUCCCAGCUGGUCGAGAACCACCGCGCCGGCGCCGAGGUCGUCAAGGGGGGCAAUGUCUGCAAGAAGAGGUCCGCUGAGCUACUCGAAGAGCUCGGCCUCCCGAAAGGCCCCUUUCCAAUGAGCGACAUCGAGGAGGUCGGAUACAACCGUGAGAACGGGUUCGUGUGGAUGCUUCAGAAGAAGAAUGAGCACACCUUCAAGAAGAUCAAGCAGACUGUCUCCUAUGCCACCGAGGUGACCGCUUUCAUUGAGAAGGGCAAGAUAAAGAAGGUCACUAGGGUCAAGGUCAAGGAGCUGUUUCUGUGGCUCAGUUUGGUCGAGGUCUAUGUCAAUGAGUCUUCUACUGAAAAGGUCACCUUCAAGGUGGGCACCGGUCUGUCCGACACCCAUGAUGCAUCAGCGUUCGCUCUCGGAGAAUAG